CUGGGGUUCCGCAGGAGGCGGAGAGGCUGCGGGAGAGUCUGGCGGGGGGAGAUCCAGACGUUCCCCGGGUACACCAAUUGGAAGUAACUUCUACAUCAUUGCAUGCAGGCAGAAUUAUUUUCUUAACUAAAGACAGGCGGCAAAAACCCCAGAAUUUCAAGAAACGGACCUGUCUUUAGGAGAUUGAGAAGAUUCCUUGUACCCAAUUGAAGUUGCCUUACGGGACAGAGACAGGAUGGAGACACAACUUUUAGGAAGUGAGAGGAAUGGAAAAGGCCCUUUUGCUGUUCAGCCUGGCAGCUGUGGGGAGAUCUGGGCAAGAACUGGGCAGAAGAUCCUGGAGGAGGAAACCCUCCAUUCAGAAGUUCAGCCCUGGAACUUCAGGAGCCUCCAAUACCAGGAGGCUGAGGGUCCCCGAGGACUUUGCAGCCGACUCCACAACUUUUGUCGGCGAUGGCUGAGACCAGAAAAGCACACCAAAGCCCAGAUGCUGGACCUGGUUGUUCUGGAGCAGCUCCUGAUCCUUCUGCCCCUAGAGAUGGAGAACUGGGUGCGGGAAUGUGGAGCAGAGACGAGCUCCCAAGUGGUGGCCCUGGCUGAAGGUUUCCUCCUGAGUCAGGCGGAGGAGCAAAAGGAGCAGGUUGAGUUGCAGUCUGUUGUGAAGAUCAGAGAUCCUGAUAGAUGGAGAAAUCCAUCAGAUCCCUUUCAGGAGGUGUUUUGGAGGAGGAUCUCUCAGGAAGAUCCAACCAUCUCAGGAGUGAAGAAUAGGAUGAAGAUAAUGCCUGCUUGUGAUGGAACUGAAACAAUCGUUGGACCUACAACUGAAGAGGGCCUUGUGACCUUUGAGGAGGUGGCUGUGUAUUUUUCUGAGGAGGAGUGGUCACAGCUGGAUCCUCAUCAGAAAGCACUGCAUUCGGAAGUCAUGCUGGAAAACCAUAGGAACGUGGUCUCUCUGGGUAAUAAUGGACAGGAAAAUGAAAAUUCCACAAAACCAUUCCGAGUGAUCACUCAUAAAGACAGACUUGAGAACCCCGCAAGUCAAAUGGAAGUAGAGACGCAUGAGAUAAACCAGUCAAAUAAUUGGAAUCAGGAAAGUUCAUCUUCCAUUGAAGUUCCAAUGCAAGACUUUUUUGCUCAACAAGGAAAAAUAAAGAAAAAAUACAUUACAAAAAACGUAAAACUAUUCAAAGAUAAAUUUGUUGUGAAUGAACACUAUCCACCCCAAACCAAAGGAGAAAGGAAAAUAUGCAGAGACAAUGAAAAAAAUUCCACUCUUUCGUGUGAAAAUGGGUCCCGUAAAUAUCAGAAAAGCAUCCAGGUAGGAGAGAAGCCAUAUACAUGUUUGGAAUGUGGAAAGAGCUUCAGAAGAAGCAGUCAUCUUACUUCCCAUAACUGGAUCCACAUAGGGGAGAAGCCUUAUAAAUGUCUGGAGUGUGGGAAGGGCUUCUGUGAAAACAUCUCUCUUACUGUUCAUAAAAGGAUCCACACAGGGGAAAAGCCAUAUAAGUGCUUGGAAUGUGGAAAGAGCUUCAGAACAAGCAGUCAUCUUACUUACCAUAACUGGAUCCACACAGGGGAGAAGCCUUAUAAAUGCGUGGAGUGUGGAAAAGCCUUUAUUAAGAACAGCCAUCUUACGUCCCAUGCACGGAUCCACACAGAGGAGAAGCCAUAUAAGUGCAUGGAAUGUGGAAAAAGUUUCAGAGAGAGCCGCUCCCUUACAUCUCAUAAAAGGAUCCACACAGGAGAGAAGCCAUAUCAAUGCAUGGAAUGUGGAAAGACCUUCAUUCAAAGCAGUCAUCUUACUUCCCAUAAAUGGAUCCACACAGGGGAGAAGCCGUAUAACUGUAUGGAGUGUGGAAAGGGCUUCAGUCAAAGGAGUUCCUUUAUUUCACAUAACUGGAUCCACACAGGGGAGAAGCCAUAUAAAUGCCUUGAGUGUGGAAAGGGCUUUAUUAAGAGCAGUCAUCUUACCUCCCAUAAGAGAAUCCACACAGAGGAGAAGCCAUAUAAGUGCACGGAGUGUGGAAAGAGUUUCAGAGAGAGCCGCUCCCUUACAUCUCAUGAAAUGAUCCACACAGGAGAGAAACCAUAUCAAUGUAUGGAGUGUGGAAAGACCUUUAUUCAGAGCAGUCAACUUACUUCACAUAAAAGGAAACACACAGGGGAGAAACCAUAUCAAUGCAUGGAGUGUGGAAAGAGCUUUAGUCAUAAUAGUUCUUUUACUUCCCAUAAAAGGAUCCACACAGGGGAGAAGCCAUACAAAUGCAUGGAGUGUGGAAAGGGAUUCACUCAAAGGAGCUCCUUUACUUCCCAUAAAAGGAUCCACACAGGGGAGAAGCCGUAUAAAUGUGCAGAGUGUGGAAAGGACUUUACUACAAGCAGUUAUCUCAACUCUCAUAAAAGGAUCCACACAGGAGAGGAGCUGUUCAAGUGCAUGGAGUGUGGAAAGGGCUUCUCUUGGGAUAGUCAACUUACAAGUCAUAAGAGGAUCCACACAGGGGAGAAGCCCUAUAAGUGCCUGGAGUGUGGAAAGAGUUUUAGGAUGAACAGUCAAUUUAUUUGCCACAGUAGGAUUCAUACAGGGGAGAAGCCAUACAAGUGCAGGGAGUGUGGUAAAGCUUUUAUUAGAAACAGUUAUCUUAGCUCCCACAAAAGGAUCCACACAGGGGAGAAGCCCUAUAGCUGCAUGGAAUGUGGAAAGAGCUUCACUAAAGGGUGGUCUCUUACCAUUCAUAAAAUGAUCCACACAGGGGAGAAGAGUUAUAAAUGCACUGAGUGUGGAAAGAGCUUUAGUAAGAACAGUGAACUUGUUUACCAUAGCGGGAUUCAUACAGGGGAGAAGCCGUAUAAGUGCACCGAGUGUGGAAAGAGCUUUACUAAGAAUAGUCGACUUAUUGAUCAUAGUAGGAUUCAUACAGGGGAGAAGCCAUAUAGAUGCAUGGAGUGUGGUAAGGGUUUUAUUACAAAUAGUUAUCUUAACUCCCACAAAAUUAUCCACACAGGGGAAAAGCGUUAUAAAUGCACCGAAUGUGGAAAGAGCUUUAGUAAGAAUAGUGAACUUACUUACCAUAGUAGGGUUCAUACAGGGGAGAGGCCAUAUAAGUGCAUGAUGUGUGGUAAAGCUUUUAUUAGAAAUAGUUAUCUUAACUACCACAAAAGGAUCCACACAGGCGAGAAGCCAUAUACGUGCACAGUGUGUGGAAAGAGCUUUAUUAAGAACAGUCACCUUACUUGCCAUAGUAAGGUUCAUACAGGGGAGAAGCCAUAUAAAUGCAUGGAGUGUGGUAAGGAUUUUAUAACAAACAGUUGUCUUAACUCCCACAAAAGGAUCCACAUGUGAAAAGCAUUAUAAGCACAUCGAUUUAGGAAAAUGAUUUACUAAGAAAAGGAUCCACAUGCGAGAAGCCAUAUAAAGGCAUGGAAUGUGGAAAGACCUUUUCUUGGAGCAAUCAUCUUAAUUCGUAUAACAAGAUCCACAUGCAAAAAGCCUUAUAAAUGUUUGAAAUUUGGAAAAAAAUCAAAUCCUCACAUACACGGCAAAAAGAUUCAGGAUGUCGAAUUCUCUCACAAAAAUGGAAUUAAAAACAUAAGCCUCUCAAAUGCUUGUGCAAAAGACCUUUCAAACAUCUGGGCCAUACUAUACCUUUCUAUUGUGUCACAAGGGCUAAGAAAAAGUUUAAAAGUUCAAUUUAAAUAAAAUUAAUUAAAUAUCA